CUAAAUUACAGCGUUUUCUUGAGCAUGCUUUCAGAUGGGAAUGGAAUUGUAACCGGCAAGGAUGGAGGUCGUUGCGUGCUGCUUUUUUUUUGCAUAUGACUUUCUACUGCUUGGAAGAGCGUGGAGCAUUAGUUGCAUCGCCUCGUCUUACUCACUGGUUCCUGAGCAAACACGGUACAACAUCUCAGACGACUCUCGCAUCACAGAUGUGAAUGGAUCAGACUGCGACUACUCGUGGGCACGGGGUAAACACGUGCUUGCAAAUCACGAUAAUAGUGAGACUGAGCCGGUGGUGGUGAGUUACAGCAUCAACCAUCUCAUCACCUCAGGAUGCUUCAACAACACCACCUUCAGACGGAACUGCCUCUCAGAGGGGAUCGGUUACACGGUUCUCUGUGAGCCCAACUGCACUUUAAAUGCCCUCCUGAGGUCUCUGAAAGAAAAAGAGAUUGGUGCUACUGUUGGUGCUACUGUUGGUCCUACUGUUGGUGCUACUGUUGGUGUUGCUGUUGGUGUCAUUGUUGUCCUGCUGGCAGUGCUCCUUAGUGUCUGCCUGUGGUACAAAUUCAAAGAUAACAUCUCCAGCUGGAGACGACCCAGAUGCAAUUACACUGCUGGGACUGCAAAAGAGGGUGACCCAAGACCAGCUGAAGUGGAGGCGGGGAACGCGUAGAAAGACACACUGCUGAGAACUAAACCAUGCUUCCCUACAUUCCUUUAGUAGCAGUGUGCUUUCGUUACUAGAUUAUCUCAAUGUUUCGGCAGCACAACUCUUAACAUUCGGACAAAAUCUGUGUGGUGAAACCACCUUUCCCCCGUUAGAAACAAAACACAAGAUUCCCUCCUAAAUCUGGUGUGAUGAAAAUUCUUUAAAACUAAAUGCUGGAAAGACCAAAGAGUUGGUUGUUGAUUUCAGAAGGAAGAAGGAGGAGGUCUCCCCAGUGAUAAUUGCGGGUCAGCAGAUGGAAAUUGUCCAGUCAUAUAAAUACAGUAGGGUCCAUCUGGACAGUAAAUUAAAUUGGAAAAAUCGUAAGAUGAUCAGAAAGGCUGGCUCAGUGAUUGGCCUUCCCCCGGACUCACUAGAAGUCACUGUAGAAAAAGUCAACAAGGGCCAAGUUAAAAACGAUUGUUUCUUUUGAAGGCCAUCCAUUACACUGUUUUUAACGGACUCAGAGGCUGAUUUAGUGACAGACUCAGGAUGCCUCAGUGUUCUACUGAAUGACUCAGAAUGUCUUUCGUUCCAGCAGCAGUUCGAUUUUUUUUAAUGAACGCCUUUAGAUGUAGCAGCUUUCUGAUGUCAAUCAUGUUUCAUAUAGCAUUUUCUGGGUUUAUUUAUUCUUUGCAAAUGUGUUUUUUGUCUGUUGUGCAUUGUGUACUGUGUCUAUUGUUGUCCGUAUGAGUUUUUGGUGCCAAAUGAGUUUCCCCACUGGGGAUUAAUAUUCUAAUCUAAUCAUUUGGCCUUUUAUCAGUCUCCUAUUUGGUGAGAUCAAACUUCUGAGUAGUUCUUGUGGCCGAGGAAGCAGGCUGACUCACAUUGCUUCAAGUGCACUUUUGAGGACCAAAGACAAUCAAUGCAGUAACCUCCCUCAGGUCCUGCCAUGUUCCACAUAUUGUUUUUAAUGUGAACCAAAGCUGUGGAAGUUAGGAGAAGCAUAAUGCAGCAUUACAGUAAUACCUCUUAAUGUCCAUCUGAAGACAUGUUCCAGUCAUUCCCGGCACAGAGAAAUUGUGUGUGCGU